UUUAAUAAUCGGACUUGGGAUACUUUUCAAUUUUUAGUGUAUGCAUUUAGGACCCAAAUUAAAUUUCGAUUUUAAAUAUGGCGGCAGCGGCGAUGGCAGAACAGAAGAUACCGGAGGUGUACGGUGCGGAGACUUGGUACCGUGAAUUAGGAUAUUACAUAACAUCACGCAAAGAGCAGUAUGAACGAGCUUGUCGAUAUUUUGAUCAGGCAGUGGAAAAGGCUCCGAUGGACAAAAGAGCGUUGAUUGGACGAUCGAUAACUCGAGCAAAAUCCGUCCAGUAUGAAGGGGCGAUGGAAGAUAUCAAUAAAGCACUCGAUAUCGAGGAAGGGAAUUUAGUAGCCGAAGCUUUAAAGUCUCUCUACACAUAUUUGAUAUGUAAUUUCGAAGAUGGUCUUGUGGAAAAUCUUCGCUGUCUGCCGAUACGUAAAAAGCCGGACAAUUUUGCUAUGGGCGUUAUGCAUUGCAAUGAAGCUAUAGAAAACUGUCUAGGGCAGAGGGCUGGAAGACCGCUGAGGGAUCACUUUAAAAUCAUAAGAAAGUUGGCUUGGAAGAAAGCCAAGGAAUCGCAGAAACCGUUCGAACUGCGCACAAAACGCAAAAAGAAGAAAAAGAAGAAGAAGAAGAAAGAGACCGAAGAAAAACAUAUGGAAGCUUUGGUCCCAUUGAAAAAGAAACGAGGUCUUCUGAAUGUUUCAGACUUGGAGUUGAAAAUUUUUGACAGCCUUUACAGUUUAAAAGAAGAAAUGGACAUAAUUCCGCCCGGUCCGAAGUUUCCUUACAGACCUCUACAGGAUUACACAUCGAACAUUGAGAAUUACAUGGCUUCCAAAUAUUUAGAAUCCAUGUACUUGGACAAGAUUUUUUUGAAGAAUCUGAAAGACGAUCCGGGAGUAAAGAACCCAAACAAAUCGAGUACUCGCAAAAUAAUUUUGAUUGCUAAGCACGGAUUCAAAACGCUAUCCUAUAAACAGGAAUUGCUGCGAAUUCGAAGGCCUUUCUACUUUAUAAAAUUCCAGGAGACUACACUUCUAUCGGCCACUUUAUUGGCGCGUCAGAUUAAAGAAGACGAACGGGUACGGAAAGCGGUCAUUUUGGAGGCAAAUGCCUUAUUGAGCAAAAUCGAAUCUUGCAUAGAGAACAAGCAAACCAGGGAUGCGUUGGAAACUGCGGAAAAGUUAAAAUUGUUAUGCGAAACGAAAGAGAAACGGUAUUUCCCGAAUCGUCAGGAGUUUGUGAUGAACAUAUAUCAGCUAGUAUGUAGAGCACACUUGGAACUGAAACGCUUAAAUAAGAAUCAAUGCGAAGGAGACCAGGAGAAGAGAAUUUUCAACAUGCUUGGCUAUCCGUUGAGUAAACAAGUUUCUAAGGACUCAGUUUUGAGGGAAUGCAAACGAGAUUUUAUUGAUUGGAACAAGCAAAUUAGCAUUGCCGAAAAUCGAGUACGGAAUGCGAGAGACGCUCAAGAGUUGGCAUGGCUGUAUCACGAUCUGUCCAGGUAUUAUACGGAGAUUAGACAGUACGAAUUGGGGAGAGUGUAUGCAAGGAAAUGUAUCGCAGAGGCUAAAGAAUGUGGCGAAAAAACUUGGUUCAUCAAUGCGACUUUGUUAAUUGUUCGCAUCAAUAUGCAAUUGAGAAAUAAAACGGAUGCAAAGCAGGAACUGAAUCAGGCUAUCGACAUUGCCACUGAAAUGGAAAACGAAAAUUUGUUGGAAUAUUUACAUAAGACGAUGGAUGUGGUUGAGAAAUUCUCCUUCGACGAUACAAGUUCAAAGGUUUACGAGAAACGCGAGAAGCAAAUAGUCGAUAUGAUGGCCGGUGCUAAUUUGAAGGGUGAAGUCGAGCAUCUCUUCAGGCAAAUGGCCGCAAUGCCUGUGUCCCGCAGGAUGUCGGUGAUGCCGGGCGUCAGAUUCGACGAUUCCAAGAAUAAGAAAGUAAGUGGUGCCGUGCGGAUGUCUAUAAUGCCUACAAGCAAAUCGAAAGAAGAUGAAUUCAAACCAAAAUCAGCAAUGAAAAAGAAAAAAAUUAUGAAGAAGACGGACGAGUCGGGAGCAGAAUUUAUCAAAUUGAUACAACACAUAAAUGGUGGACAAUUAUUGUAG